AUGUUUACUUCAAGAUCCGUAGCCAGACUCGUCCUGCGACGAGGAUGCUCUCAUGUUUCGCUUCCCUUGAGGCAAUUCUCAACAUCGAGGCCUCUCGCUGUUAGCUACCACUCCUACACUCUUCCCACCCACACCUCUACGCCUCCUAGAAACGACGACGUUCCCGAAACAUCGAUAACACAACCUGAUCCUCUACCCAAAGUUCACGAGACUCGCCCGCCUCCCCAACAGCCUCAGCAUCCCCAACCGCCAAAGCAGCAAGAAGCAGCGACUACAAAGACAACACUGCAGAAUGACGUUCCCGCCACCUCGGCAUCAGCUCCGAAGCUAGACGAGAAGGAAGCACAGAAGCCGAAGGCCGCUCGGCCACGAUCUAAGCUACGCCCGCGUAAGGCUGCCAUGAAGUUGACGCCCUCUGCGGUGGAACAACUAAGAGAGCUGCUCGAUCAGCCUGAGCCGAAACUCAUCAAGGUCGGCGUACGGAACCGAGGAUGCAGUGGUUUGGCGUAUCAUCUCGAAUACGUUGACAAGCCUGGCGCUUUCGACGAAACGGUUGAGCAGGAUGGUGUCCAGGUCUUAAUUGACAGCAAGGCUCUUUUCAGCAUUAUUGGAAGCGAAAUGGAUUACAUCGAGGACAAGCUCAACCAGCGCUUCGUGUUCAAGAACCCUAAUAUCAAGGAAGAAUGUGGUUGUGGAGAAUCUUUCAUGGUAUAA